AGUAAUGCAGCAUGAGUGAGGUCUGAACUGGAGGGACAGAGGUUUUGGAAACUGUCCCGUGCGAGAAGAGUGACCGGACAGUGAAAGUUUCUGGUGGGAAUAGUCUCGGUGCUGUUUUGACAAACUCAAGAAAAAUGGAGAUCGAGAGAGAAAUAAAGAAGAUAACCCUGGGACAUGAGAUUGGAGCUGGAGCAUCCUGUCUGAAAUGCAAGGACAAGUGUGAAGGCUUUGAUCUUCACUUCUGGAGAAAGAUUUGCCGAAACUGCAAGUGUGGUGUUGAAGAUCACGAUGUGCAACUAGAGACAGAGGAAAAUAAGAAGGUGGGGAAGCUUUUCGAAGACACCAAGUACACAGGACUCAUAGCCAAGUUGAAGAGAGAUGGCAUUCCCUCAUACAGAGGCAACCAAGUCACCAUCUGCAUCCCAUCCCCCACCACCAGCACUGCUGUUCCUUUUCAUGCUACCACUUAUAUGCCCGGCUCCAGCCAGACCUCCAUCCCGACUGCACAGCCUCCCCAUGCCCCACCUGCUGCCACCCCAGGAGCUGCAGCCCACACCCAUGCUGGUCCAGGAACAGGCCCCAGUGAUAUUCCCGGAACUGGCCAUACUGCUGCCACAGCAAGAGGCCCUACUACUGCCCCAGGAACUGGUCCCAAUGCUGCAUCAGGAUCAGGCCGUACUGUGGUCUCUUCCACUGCUGUUCCAGCUAAAGGGCCUGGUGCUGCCAGAGUUGUGGUUGCAACCCCCACCGCAGUGCCUGCCAAGACGAAUGUGGUCAAGUCUGUCACCUAUGAAUGGGCUCCACCUGGGAUCAACCAAAGCCUGGCUCUGCACUACAUGGAGCUUCUUCCUCCGGAGCGGCGACCCAUCUCUGGUACGGCAGGAGCAGAUUACCGUAAGAAGCAGAUGGCCAAACAACUUCCAGAGCAUGACCAAGACCCUGAGUUCUGCCAUGAACUUUCUCCUGGUGAGGUCAAGCAAAUGCAGCAGUAUGUCCGCAAGUACAAGGACGAGGCAUUGGGCAUAGGCGACAUCACGCUGCCCGAAGAUAUAGGAAGACAGGUGGGUCAAGCCGGGGAAAAAGGUCCUCAAGGUCUGGUGGCUGGAGGCAAGCCUGCUGCUGGAACAACAGGAAGAACAGCAAGUGGAAUUGAUUCAACACCAGGAGACAAAGGUGAUGCUGUUGCUACCAUGGGAAAGGUCGGCGCCCCAGGGGCUAUUGGGACUUCGCAAGUUGGACCUGUUGGUAAUUAUUCAUGCCACCAGUGCCAGUUGCCCAUGAAGAAGGGUGAGCCAGCGGUUUUCGCUGAACGAGCAGGCUACGAUAAACUCUGGCACCCAGCCUGCUUCGUGUGCUGUACCUGCACUGAGCUGCUGGUUGACAUGAUCUAUUUUUGGAAGAAGGGCAAGCUGUAUUGUGGCCGGCAUUACGGAGACAGUGAAAAGCCAAGAUGUGCAGGUUGUGAUGAGCUCAUCUUCAGUAAUGAGUACACCCAGGCCGAGGGCCAUAAUUGGCACCUGAAGCACUUCUGCUGUUUUGACUGUGACUGUGUGUUGGCUGGAGAGACCUAUGUCAUGGAGAAUGAGAAGCCUGUCUGCAAACCCUGCUACAUGAAGAACCACACUGUGUGUUGUGUGGCCUGUCAGAACCCCAUCGAACCUGAAGCCCAGCGUGUGUCCUACGGAGAGCACCACUGGCACGCCGAGCCCCAGUGCUUCCAGUGCUCCUGCUGCUCCAAGUGCCUUGUGGGCCAGCGAUUCAUGGCCAUGCAGGGAAUGCUGCUCUGCUCUGUCGAGUGCAAGAAGAAGAUCAUGGCUUCCUGAAGGAGCACCCUGGAAUUUCACUUAUGUGAAAAAAUAGUUUGACCACUUGAGCACUGCAAGCCAGUAUUCCUUUAAUAGCAAAAGUUAAUCCAAAAUGAAUAUUCUUUCAUUAUUUACUCACAAUCAUGUCCUUCCUAGCCCACAUGUCUCAUUUCUUCUGUGGAAUGCAGAAGUAGGUAUUUUAAAACCUCUUCGCACUGGUCAUUUUCUUUUCAUUUUGCAAUGACUGUUCAUAGUGACCAUGUCUGUCAAGCUCCAUAAAUGACAAAACACACACAAAAUAAGCAUUAUAAAAGUAGUCCAUAAUACUCUGGGUGAGAAAAGACUGAAAAUUAAGUCUGAAAUUCAGUGAUGAUCUUCACCUCCAGUGUGUUGUUAACAUUUACCCUUUUCUAAUAAUCAUAUACAUACAUAUAUAUUCACACACACAUACAUAUAUACAGUACACAGUUUUAAAUGACAUGAUGGGGAGUAAAUAAUGAUAGAAUUUCUUUUUUUGGUGAAUUAUUCCUUUAAAUGAGACAAGCUACAGCUGUUCACAUCAGUAUGUGUCAGUUCAGUCAGUCAGUAUCAGUUCACUGCCUAAAUCUUCUUUAAUUGCAAAAAUUCAUGUAUUUGUAUGACACAUACAUUUUCAUGUUCUUCCAAGCCCUCAUUUUAUAUGAUUGUUGGGAAAUUAUAAGCAAUACAGUGGAGCAACUAAUUGUGAUCUAACAAUUUUUUUACUCGCCCUUAUGCCAUCCCAGAUGUGUAUGACUUUCCUUAUUCUGCAGAACACAAACAAAGAUUUUUAGAAGAAUAUUUCAGCUCUGUAGGCCAUUCAAUGCAAGUAAAUGGUGACCAGAACUUUGCAGCUCCAAAAAGAACAUAAAGGUAACAUAAAAGUAACUAAUAUGACUCCAGUGGUUAAAUCUAUGUUUUCAAAAGUUAAAUGACAGGUGUGGGUGAGAAACAGAUUAAUAUUAAGCAUUUCUUCUUUUUUUCUUUACAUUUAAUAACUUUUUUUUUUUA